AUGAAUUGCACCUAUCAUAUCAAAAGUCCAAUAUCUUUGAUAUGUAUAGCUCCUCAUAAGUGCUAAUGCUAAAGGAAACUUUGUGUUGAAUGCCUAUAUGGACAUGGAGUGGAUUUGAAAUAUACAGUUCCUAUUGGAAUAUUUUAAGAAAUGGCAAUGAAGAAAUUAAAAGACUUCAACCUUAAUGAUACAACUGAGUUAACCAAAUAGAGAGUGGCCUUUAAAGCCUUGCUCGCUCAAACAGAAUAAAUGAUGAAGAAAAUUUGGGAAGAAUUGUCACAAUCUAUCAAAUAAGUAUACGAUUAGAUUGAAAAGGAAAACUAAUCAUACUUAAACCUCAUUAAUGAAAACACCAAUCUAGCUGAAUCCUCUUACACUGAUAUAGAAAAAUUAGUAAACAUUGUAGAAGGAUCGACUUUAAAUGAUUGGAAUGUGGAGAAGAAUUCUUAUAUGAAGUAGUUAGAUAAGACCAAGAGCUGGUGGGACCAACAUAUAACAUCUUUUAUUGAGAAGUCUAACUAAGGAAUCCAAUAGAUCCAAUCAUUAAUUAAGUAAGUAUUUAUUUAUUAUUGUAGAAUUUCACCUAAUCAAGAAGAAGAAUCACAAGAAGUAGAUUAAAUGAAGGAAGAUUUAUAUGAGAUGCUAACCUACAUUUAGGAUAUAGAUGAAUCUUUAUAUUAGAAGAUUCUUGAUAUACUUAGAAAAGGGAAAGUUUCAGAUGUUAUUGGAUUCCUGUCGAAGACAAACAAUAAUCAGUUUUAUGAAUCUUUAAACUACAAGUAAGAGAAUAUUAGGGAGAUCAAGAAGUAAGUAAAGAAAAUAACUAAUUUCUUGAGGAAUAUUUAGAAUCAUAAAUUUAAUAAAGAUGACUAUUCUCAAGAAACAUAUGAAAAGGAAAGAGCGGAUCUGGUCAAUAUGAUUAAGGAUAACAAAAGGAUCACAGAAUUCAUCAAAUUUUUAGUACGAAUAACAAGCAUAGAUGUAAAUUUUAUUCAAUCAGGAUCAAAUGGACUUAGUUUAUUAGUG